UAAAUCACUAAAAGACUACAUUACCUAUAAAAGACCGGCGUCUUUGUGAACCAGGACGAAGCUCGACUGGCAGUGAGGUUUCGUCCUGUGGAUGAACGUUAUUCUGUGUUUUUGCUCGAAAAACUCCUACUCCGAUUUAGGGUACCAGAUGGCUCCUUUAUGUUACAAGAAAAACUACAUCUCCCAUAGUGCACCACAGACUUGUGAACGAGCAGGCCAAAAGGAGCGAAAAAUUCGGGCUCGUUUCCUCCUUAAAGGAGACGCGACACAAAGCGCGUUUGAUCGCCGCACGUCUAGGCCCGCCCGGAAAGCAGGUUUACUAUAGCUUUAAGAGAGGAAAAACAAGGGAAUCGAGCUGUGAUCUCCAGCAGAAGGCCGCGUCGCAGGGGACACGCUCGGGCAUGGACCCUGACACCGCCCGGGCCGACGGGAGCAGCUCCGAGCAGCCCGCUCAGAAGGCCACGGCGGCGGCCUCGACCCCCAGUGAGCCGUCGAGCCCGGGGCGGGUGCUCAGAACCCGCGUACUCAGGCGUGCACACAGCGGGGCUCCUUCCGCGGCCCCGAGCGAUGCGCCGGGCUCCGGGCGGGUGUUGCGGGACCGCUCCGCUCGGCGGCCAGUGACUGGGCGGAACCUCGACGAAGAUCGCAGCUCGGGGAGCCAGGGGAGCCACCGGAGAAGAGCCGAGUUCACGCGCCGCAGGAGGAGCGCCGCGGCCCGUGUCGGGACGCCACGAGAAGCCGAGGAUGAGAAGGCCCUCGCGGAAGAAUCUGAAGAAAAUAAACAGUUCUUGGACAAAGCCACCCGGUCUUCGAGACCCCGACAGAGAGCAGGCCCCCUGCAGGCGCCCCGUCCUUUAGUGCCCCUUGUUUGCAAGAGCGAGCCAGACUACCGAGCAUCGGGCGAUGGUGUAGACAGGACUGGCGGGAGUGAAGAAGAAGAAGAUGAUGAUGAUGAUGAUGAUGAUGAUGACGACGACGUGCUUGUGGAAGAUGACCCUCCUUUCACAGAUGACCCAAGUGACCUGAACUACAAGCCUGAAGAUGAAAGGGAUCCCCAGAAACCACGGCGGCGGGUCCACCGCCAGAAGGAGGACAAGAAGGAGAAGGACCAGGAGAAGGAGAGGGACAAAGAGAUUAAAACAGAAGGAGGAGCAGAGGUCGAAGUGAAGUUGGAAAAUGAGUUUGGAGAGGAGGCGGAGCCUCCGAGGAAGAGGGGCAGACGGCGGAAAGAUGACAAAAGUCCUCGUCUUCCAAAGAGAAGGAAGAAGCCUCCCGUCCAGUAUGUGCGCUGUGAGAUGGAAGGGUGUGGCACUGUUCUUGCUCAUCCACGCUACCUCCAGCACCACAUAAAGUACCAGCACUUGCUGAAGAAGAAGUAUGUUUGUCCACACCCGUCCUGUGGGAGACUCUUUCGCCUCCAGAAGCAACUCCUGAGACAUGCCAAGCACCACACAGACCAGAGGGACUACAUCUGUGAGUACUGUGCCCGUGCCUUCAAGAGCUCCCACAACUUGGCUGUGCACCGCAUGAUCCACACGGGCGAGAAGCCACUGCAGUGCGAGAUCUGCGGCUUCACCUGCAGACAGAAGGCCUCCCUCAACUGGCACAUGAAGAAGCACGAUGCUGACGCCUUCUACCAGUUCUCCUGCAGCAUCUGUGGCAAGAAGUUUGAGAAGAAGGACAGCGUGGUGGCCCACAAGGCCAAGAGUCACCCUGAGGUGCUGAUAGCUGAGGCACUGGCGGCGAAUGCGGGUGCCCUCAUUACCACGCCUGCACCUCUGCUGGAGGCACUGCCUGGGGCUGGCCAGAUGGAGCACGAGGCAGAGGCCCUGCCCCCUCAGCAGGUCAUCCCCCCUGUCGCGCCCCAAGCCCAGAUUCUGACGCUGCCCACACAGCCUGUUGCACUCCUGCCCCAGGGCUUGGCAUUGAGCACCAUCUCCACGCUAGCCUCUGCCCCUACGGCUGCUGUAGAUGCCAUGCCUGGGGGGCCAGACGGCGUGACUUGGGAAGGAGCAGUUGAAGGCGGGGGCCUGAGGGAGGAAGGAGGGGUCAUGUGGGAGAGGCAGGGGGAGCAGGACAGUGGUGAGGGUGAGUUGGGAUGGGGGAGAGAAGGCCAUGGAGAAGUCCUGUUGGAGAGUGCAGAGACAGCAGGGCAGCAGGAGAACCACCAGGGGCUCGUGUAGCGGAUAUGGGGCAGGAGGGCGGGGCUGCGGUCCUCUGCAGAGGCAUUGGCGCUUUCUUGUUAAUUCACUGUUUUUCCACAGUUUCCACAGCGCACAGAGCUGGCCCUCACAGCCACAUGUUCUCUUCAGGGAGUUUCAGUUCAUGUCUUUGUCCCUUUCUAAAUGAAGAAGGUUUUAGAGCAAAUCCUGCGAACCCUACGUUUUCCCUCUCCAUCUCCGCAUGAGAUGGGCCGAGAACGUUGGUCGUCUUUUCCCCUUUAACUUUCUCUAAAGGCAAAUGUACCUAAAGCAUUAGUACAGUAUUAAUGUACGAGGUUUCCUUUCAGUUAUAUUUAUUUUGUCCACCUGCGCUUAAAAUAAUUUUUUUCCCCUGUUUUUCCCAGAUUACAUUUAAAAAAUAAUGUUCUGGUAGAAUUGUAUAAGAAACCUGUACUUAUUGUGUUAAGUUCAUUUUUAAUUUUAUUUUGCUCUUUUACUGACCCCUGUUCCUGCUGCCCUAUGGACAGUUUUCAAUAUUCAGUUUGUGUUGCACCGUCUGAUGGACGGCCCUUCAGUUAAGCCAUAGGAGGGAAAGCAGAUUCCCACUGUUAGGAGAAAAGGCACUGGUGUUUUCAUCACUGACCUCGGUGCAGAAAUGUGCUGUUUUGAAGAUCCUGUUGGUCGCAGUUGUUCACAGUUUACGGGGGUUACAUGGCCAUGAGUGUGAGCGGAGCUGGAUGCUUAGAGUGUGAGGUCAGUUCAGAAAGUUGCAGAAGGACUGACUGAGCAGCCAGAGUGCUGAAGUGUGUGUUCGGUCUCCCUCACUGAUGUUUACCCUCUGCUGUCACAUUACAGAAGAAAAUG